AAUUCUCAUGCAGGAGUUAUUGAUGAUACAUUUAGGAGGCCAUGGACAAGAGCCUCAGCUGUUUCAGUUCAGGAAAUGACAGAUAUCUCAGUCCUGGAUCAAUGGAAAGCAAGUCUCUUUGUGGAGGAUUUCCUUGAGAAAAAAACAGUUACAGGAACUGUGACCCAGAUUAAUUGUGAAUUUGAGGAAAUUGUUCCAAGUUCAAAUCCAAACUCCCAAACUGAAGUAGAGGAAGCCGGCUUAUACACCCACAAUGACUACAGUGAAGUCUUUACACCUGUCAACUGUUUAGGAAAAUGUCCAGCACUUCAAACACAAAACCAAGAUUUGUCUAUUGAUGAGGAAGAAAUAAUUUUUGUAGAUAAUUCGAUGGCCUAUAAAAGUCAGCUACCAACUUUGCAAACUCUCUUGAGUAAACUAAAACCAUUUUUGGUAAAGGACCCCCUUUUAGAUUUCAAAGCUCAGAACUUCACAGAAGCUAAAUUUUUCAGGGAAAGUUACUCUUUUCAAGGAGAUUUGGAAGUUUUUGUGAAAGAUUCUUAUAUGGAUAAAGAGAACUUUUGUCAGGAGAAACUAGAAGAUACAGUAGGUUUACAUGAACCAUCAAUUUGUCCUAUUGAGGAUGAAUUCUUAAUAUCUACAAGUCUCAGACAAGAAAUUGAUAUUCCAUCACUCCCAGAACUGAAGGAGUCAUUAAACUUAAUGCCAGAAAUAAUAAAUUAUGUAGAUGAAAAUGAAAAGCUUUUCAAAAGAGGGUUGUGGUCCCGUUGCCGGUCCCGGUCCGGUGCGGGGGCGACAGAAGAUAUGAAAUGCAGCUCCACAGAGAUUUUGAAUAUUCAGAGCCAAGGUGAACCAGAGUAUAGUGAACCAGGACAGUUAGAAAUGCCACUAACUCAUCUACACCUAACAAGCCAACAUUCUUCAGUGAAUUCAUUAUGUACAGGACUUCAGACAUUUCCACUUUCUCCUUUUUGUAAAAUUAGUUUGCUUACUGCUGUAGAAUCAGCUAAUAAAUACCAUAUGGUGUGGCAAUUAGAAAGCUGCAGAAGUUCUUUGAAUCAAUUGUUGCUUACAGUGCCAAGAAUUCAAGAGCCUGACAGUCAAUAUUCAGUUACAUAUUUGAAAAAGAUAUUUUCUGUUGAAGAGGAAAGGCUUGUGAUUAAUCCUGGAAAGGCAGAGUGGUGGAAACAAGCAGGACUAAACCCGAUAAUGACAGAAACUGUGGAACAUCUGAAUACAUGUUUGUGUUAUGAUGACCUAUCUUCUAAUGACACUAAAAUAGAGAUAUUUUUUCUUACAAAAGUUCUUCAAUUAGAAUCAUGGCUAGAACAUAAAAGUUGUUCCUCAUCUAUUGUACUUAUUAGUGAGAAAUCUGCAAAUGAGCAUUUAUUGCCUUCACAAAAGAGCCCAUCUCUGGUAAAAGAAGUACCAGCUCUGCGUUUUCCUGAUGAAUAUAUCUCUGUGACAAGACCAACAAAAGAAGAAAAACCAAAGAAAGAUCAAGAACUAAUUUAUAGAACAAUCCAAAAGAAAGAAAAUGAAGAUCACUUUGAACUUGACUGCACAGUACCAUCUAUUGAAUCAUCUUCCCCUUCAAGAAUUAAAAAAGCAUUGAUUGAAAGUGGUAAAAAACCUGAGAAUGAGUUGGACCUUUUGAGUGACUUUAUUAUGCUACGAAAUAAACAUAAGAUGUGUACCUCAAAGACUGAAGUCACAGGCACCAGUGAAAAAGAUGAUAAAGAAGAAAGUUCUUUGACUCUUCAAGAAGAAAGUCCUAUUGUUUGUACGAAUAAAACCCUAGAGAAAAUAAAUAAGGAAAGGGGAGCAGAUAAUGUUAUUGAAAUUCAAGCAUCAGAUAGUCAGUGCCAAGCAUACUGUCUCCUAGAAGCAGCAGCCACUCCUAUCUUAAAAAAACUUGCAUGCCUCUGCACUCUCCCUGCUGCUAAUUGGAAAUUUGCCACUGUUAUUUUUGACCAAACAAGGUUCCUCUUAAAGGAACAAGAAAAAGUAAUAACUGAUGCCAUUUACGAAGGUACAAACGAUGAAAGAGAAAUGACAUUCAAGCUUUCUGCUCUCUUACACCUUCUGGUAACGAUUAGAGAUGUGCUUUUAACAUGCAGCUUGGACACAGCUUUGGGAUAUUUGUCAAAUGCAAAAGAGAUCUACAAAAGCAUUUUAGGUUCCUAUCUGGAAGACAUUUGGAGACAGCUGCAGAUUGUACAGUUUAUUAGGGAAAAAAAGCCGGAAACCAACUACAAGAUACAAGAAAUACAAUGUCAGAUACUAAGUUGGAUGCAAAGUCAACAGCAAAUUAAGGUGCUGAUUAUAAUAAGAACGGACUCAGAUGAUGAAAAGCAUUUACUCAUUAAAAUCCUUAACAAAAUGGAAGGUUUAACAUUGACUGUCUUUCAUUCAAAUGAAAGAAAAGACUUUCUGGAACCUAACGGUGUUUCAAAUGGUACAAGUUCCUGUGUAGUCGUACAUUAUCAACAUAUUGGUGCAGAUUUCCCCUGGAGUAAUUUCUCAUUUGUGGUGGAAUACAAUUAUGUAGAAAACUCGUGUUGGACUAAACACUGCGAGAGGUUGAAUAUUCCUUACAUGGCCUUUAAAGUGAUUCUUCCAGACACAGUUUUAAAGAAAAGUACCUUGCUGGAUAGAUUUGGUGGUUUUCUUUUGGACAUUCAGAUUCCAUAUGUGUUUCUUGCAUCUGAAGGACUUCUUAAUACUCCAGAAAUACUUCAGCUGCUAGAAUCCAACUAUAAUAUCACACUAGUGGAAAGAUGCUGUAGUGAGUCAUUGAAACUCUUUGGAAAUACAGAACAUUAUGUAGUUGUGACAGUUGAUGAACAAACUGCCAUAAUUUUGCAGGACCUAGGAGAACUGAAUUGUGAGAAGGCAUCAGAUAAUAUCAUUAUGAGACUGAUGGCAUUAUCAUUCCAGUAUAGCUAUUGUUGGAUAAUUUUAUAUACCAAAGAAACACCAAAUUCAGAGUACCCUCUUACAGAAAAGACACUUCAUCACCUAGCACUGAUUUAUGCAGCUUUGGUUUCAUUUGGUCUAGAAUCUGAAGAACUAGACGUAAAGCUUAUAAUUACCCCAGGAGUAGAAGAGACUGCAUUGAUAAUUCGACAAAUUGCUGACCACAAUUUAAUGACCUCGAAGAGAGAGCCUCCUGAGUGGUUGGAUAAGUCUUGGCUUGAAGUUUCGCCAUCUAAGGAAGAAAUGUACUUACUUGAUUUUCCAUGUGUUAAUCCAUUGGUGGCUCAGCUCAUGUUAAGUAAAGGACCUUCACUGCAUUGGAUAUUGUUAGCAACUCUGGGUCAACUUCAGGAACUCCUACCUGAAGUUCCAGAAAAAGUGUUAAAGCACUUUUGUAGCAUCACUUCCUUAUUCAAGAUUAGCUCUUCUUCUGUAACAAAAUCACCUCAGAUUUCAUCAUCUCAGGAAAAUAAGAGCCAGACUUGUACCUUUACUUCUCAAAGUUCAGCUUCUGGCUCUUCAGACUUUGUUAUUCAAGAACAUAAUGAGUGUUAUCAAUGCUCAGAUUUAGGAGAAACAGUGCAGGAAGACAAAAACACCACUUCAAAUUAUAACUAUCCCCUUCCGGAACUAAGAGAAAUGCCGUAUAUUUUACCAUCUGGGACUUCUUACAAUCAAACCAGCUACUGGAAAGACUCUAGCUGUAAACCUAUAGAGCAGAAUAAUCCUUUUCUAAUUAAUAUAGAAUCAAAGAAAGUGGCUUGCAACUCCUUUCUAAACCAGAAUGAUUCAGAGUCAGAUAUCUUUUCUUUGGGCCUAACACAAACGAAUUGUGAAACCAUAUUAUCACCAACUGAUACUCAGAAGAGAGUUGUCCCUAAUUUUAUAAAGUAUCAGAAAAAGGGAACACACAAAGCAAGAGGAUCCGUAAGUAAUGAAGUAUCUGCCCCAAUCUUUUCGCUAGAGGGCUCUCAAUCUCCUCUUCAUUGGAACUAUCAGGAAAAUGUAUGGGGACAACAGAAUCACUCAUUCGACUUACAAUAUGGUGCAGAGCAGACUACACGUGACGAAUGGUAUUCUCAGAAAGAUAAUUUAUUCAUUAAUCAGCAAAAAUUUCUAUCGGAUGAGUUGGAAGACUUCACGUGUGAAAGUUCAAAUACUGGGACUAAAAAGACUUUCUGGAGAGAAUUACCAUCUGUCUCCAGUUUGGAUUUAUUUUGUGCUUCUGAUUCUAAUGUAAAUCAAAAAGAAUUCAACAGUCUUUAUUUCCACCAGAGAGCUGAAAAAUGUUUAGGACAGAAAAGGCACCCUGAAUCUUCAUCUAACUCAGGAGACAACGAAUCAUUAACAGGUUUCACAUACUUACAAUUACCACAAUCCAAAAAACGACGCCUAGUAUAUGAAAAAGUCCCUGGUAGAGUUGAUGGACAAACUCGGCUGAAGUUUUUUUGA